AUGGAUCUUGUAUUCCCCCGCGCAAACGAGACAUAUCAGCGCGUGUACCCGUUUCCAAUCGUAUUCGCCAUCCAGAGCCCAGCUCCAGUAUGGCCUCACAGCUUCCAAUUGCUCUGGCAAACGGGGUCUGUCGGCGAAGAGCCCUCACGUUUCGACUGCAACCGGCUUCCCGUGCGAAGGGCCGAUCUGUGGACAUGGGGAAACUAUAACGGACCUAAAACGAUGACGAUGAUAUAUCCCGCCGGCGUAUACAUAAACAGCACCGUCGAGCAGUGGUAUUUCGCGUGGCACAUCACCAUGCUUCGCAACUGUACCCAAGGCACCAACGGAGUCGCGAAACGUCCAGUGGCCGAGGGCAAAAUUUUCUUCAACGUGAGCCACGAGGGGAAAACCCACGACAUUUUCCAGGGCAAAGAGAGCACAGUCUGCCCACUGCCGCUAUGGACUGUCCACAUUGUCCACCAAGCGGACAGUCAUGUCGUACGCAACCAGAGCCAGUACGGCGACAGCACCAACACCAUGUGUCCUGAUUUUGACCCCGAUGAUGCACAUCCCAGCCCGGAGCCCUGCAAGGCCAAGGCUACGGAGAAAUUGGCCCAGAAUGUGACCCGGGAAAUGCUGUCAACAGCAAAAUGUGCCAGUCUACAUUCUUGGCCGAAUGCUUCCCUCGUGGGACCAUGCAGCGAUACGAAUUGGGAGUCGAGUCUAGCACCGGAGAUGGGGUCUUUAAUGCUUGGAACUGAGAUUCCAACGGCUAUUAUACUAGCUAUUGCGUUUGUACUGUCAGUGUACAUCCCCCAGAGUUGCGGAUUUCGCGGCUAG